AUGAAUAAUAUUCAACAACCUCUAAAAAUUUGUUUGAAAUGUUAUGAAAAACUAUUUUUACGAUGCAUAAAUAUCAGUGUAGAAAAUUCUAAAAAAGGACCAGUGCCAACUGUAAGUUUUGUUGGUGAUCGUGCACGUCUCUAUCCAUCGAUUUAUUGUUGGGGCUAUAUUGGUACAGGAGCGCUGGGUGUUUUUGAUUUUGUUAACAAACAGCCUAAUCCAAAACAUACGGAUGCAUCACAACAAACUCGUCUUCGUCGUUCCAUUCCUUAUCGACAUCCAUUUUCUUACGAACAUCAAAUAAAAAUCAAUCGUAUAGCAUGUGGCAAUGGUUUUACAUUAUUUUCAUCGAAUACAUUAAAAUAUGACAAACUGUGGGGAUGUGGCCUUAAUACCGAUAGUCAACUGACAUUCUUUAAAGAUCGUAAUCAUCCAAAAGGUUUUGGCGAUUAUGUUAUUGUACCAAAAAUUAUUCAUUUACCUAUCAAACACCCACGAUCAACAAGAAUCACACAAAUAGCAGCUGGCAGAGCGCAUUCAAUUGUUUUAACAGAUAAUUCAGGUCUCUUCUCAUUUGGUAAUAAUUCAUUUGGUCAAUGUGCUCGUCAAAUCGUAUCUGAUGAAAUUUACAAGAACAGUAUGUUAAUUCAUUCGUUUAAUAUUGAUUUAAAUGAUAAUGAUGAUAAAAUUAUUGAUAUUAUUUGUGGUCAAGAUCAUACUUUAUUUCUCAGUGAGAAAGGUCGUGUUUACGCUUGUGGUUUAAAUACGGAUGGACAAUUAGGUGUCGGCCAUUACGAAUGUGUAUCAAGACCGGAACGUGUACGUGGAGAUAUUGAAAAUGAACAUAUUGUACAGUUAGCAUCGAAAGGCGAUUCGAUAUUAGCCUUAAACAAAGCCGGAGACCUAUUUGGUUGGGGUAAUAAUGAAUAUCGUCAAUUAGGAAUUUCGGAUGAUCCAGUAGAUUCACCAAAAUCAUUUCAAUGUGCUAAACCAAGACAUCUAAAUUUUCGUGAUGGAUCUUCGUUGAAAAAUAUUAAAUCUAUUGCUUCGGGUGGUUCAUUAUGUUCAGCUGUCGAUCAACAAGGUAAAUUAUAUAUGUGGGGCUUUGGUUUACUUGGCUUUGGCCCAAAACAUACUACUAUUGACAUCCCACAGGAAAUACCUUUGGAAUUAUUCGGAUUAAAUGAAUUUAAUCGUGAUGUUAAAAUCGAUCAUGUUACAUGUGGCUUAUUGAGUACAGCAGCAAUAACAAACAAUGGAGAAUUGUUUAUGUGGGGAAAAAAUCGGUAUGGAUCGUUAGGUGUGGAAUUCGAUGAAGAUUCCCCGAUGCCAAUGCGUGUUUUCGUACCUGCUCGUGUUACCUCGGUAGCACUUGGACCCGAUCAUACAUUUGCUUUAUGUAAAGGAUACGUGUAG